AUGGCUGCAAAAUACGACUUUAUCAUCGUGGGUGGCGGCGUCGCCGGCUUAGUAGUUGCCACUCGUCUGUCCGAGAUCCCAGAUGUCCAGGUCCUAGUGCUCGAAGCGGGCGAAGACCAAACGGCGGACCCUCGAGUCAAUAUUCCCGCACUGGGUCCCAGUCUUGUCAAGACGCCCUCUGACUGGCAGUUCCGAACGGUGCCCCAAGAUGGCCUAGGUGGUCGUGAGAUUGCUGUCCCUCAAGGUCGUCUCCUUGGUGGCUCAGGUGCCCUCAACGGCCUCUCCUUCACCAUCACCACAAGAUCCAACGUUGAGGCGUGGGCCAGCUUGGGCAAUCCCGGCUGGGAUUGGCCUACGUUCAAUGAGGCCUCCAAGAAGGCCUAUUCCAUCGCGUCUGGUGAGGGCACAGGACCACUGAAGUUGUCUCUGCCGGACAACGUCGAGUCUUUCUGGCCCAAAAUCUGGCAAGAUACUAUCCGCAAUUUAGGCUUCCCCGAUUCUUGUGACCCCUUGAGUGGGCAGGGAGUCGGCAGCAGUCUCACACCGGACACUAUAGACCCGGAGACAAAGCAGAGAAGUUACGCCGGGAGCGCGUAUCUACAGUCAGCAAAGUCUAGAUCCAACUUGACGGUUGUGACCGGAGCCUUGGUAGAGAAGAUUGUCUUCAAGUCAGAUGCUGGCGAAAUUGUUGCCGAAGGCGUUCAAUACACCAAGGAUGGCGAGACAGCAACAGCAACAGCACAGAAGGAGGUUGUGCUGACUGCUGGCACUCUCAACUCGCCACGAAUCCUUGAGCUCUCCGGUGUUGGCAAUGGAGAGCUUCUCCGUAAACUCGGCAUCGAGGUUGUUCUCGACAACCCACACGUCGGCGAAAACCUGCAGAACCACGUCAUGGUCGGCGCAAGCUUUGAGGCCCUUCCAGAGCUCGAUACCAUGGACGGCAUUAUCCGUCAAGAACCGGCUGCCGUCGGAGCUGCGAUGGAGGCGUAUGGCAAGGGCACUGGGCCGUUCUCAAGAAGCGGCACCGUAGCGACUGCACAGCUUCCUCUUCCCGCUGGCGAGGAUGUCGCCCAGCUUCUUGACAACUUGAGCGGGCCCAAAACAAGCGCGACGCCAGAGUUCACAAAAGCCCUCGAGGCAUAUGUGCGGUCCGUCCUGACGUCGUUUUCGGAGCCGUCGGGCUACUAUCUGUCGUUGCCGGGAUUCGCAUUGUUCAGCGGAGACGGAACUAUGGCAGCGCCACCGCCUGGCGAGGACAAGUACUUCACAAUAGCGCUGCUCCUCGCUCAUCCCUUGUCGCGAGGGUCAAGUCACAUCACUUCUGCGUUUCUUGAAUCGCCCGCGGUCGCCAUCGACCCGGCGUACCUUUCGCACCCAUUCGACGUUGAAGUCCUGGCCAGACAUAUCCAGCUCCUGGAAAAGAUUGCCGCAAGCGAGCCGCUCCGAAGUCAACUGAAGCCGAGCGGAAAGCGCAACCCUGCCAACGCCCUGACAGAACUCGAGGAAGCCAAAGAGUUCGUGCGGAAGACAGCAGUCGGCGCUCACCACUUCACGGGCACUUGCUCCAUGAUGCCGAGAGAGCUUGGCGGAGUUGUAGAUGAGAAGCUCCGGGUGCAUGGAAUCCGUGGCUUGCGGGUGGCUGAUGCCUCCAUUGUGCCCAUUACAGUGCGUGCCAACCCCCAGGCAACGGUUUAUGGCAUCGCCGAACGGGCUGCCGAUUUGAUCAAGUCAAGUCUGUAG